AUGGGUGCGAAACUCAAGCGCAAAGCUGUGUGGCUAAACGAAGAAAGCGAUUCUGAGAAGUCUCAGUCUGCGAUGCAGCCGAUCAAGGAGGAAGAGGACAGCGACGGCGAGGAACAUGAGCCUGCAUUUGACUCUCGCGCGUCGACUAAGCGCAACAAGAACGGAUCGCUGAGUGCAAAGAGCACGAUGUCUCCUUUCGAGAAACUCGCUGCGAGUGGAAGAAGAGAGGUCACCAAGGCAUGGGUUGUGGAAAUCUUAGAGGCUAUCGAGGAGCAUUAUGCGGAGCACGGCAACGUGAAGAAGCUCCCGUACAACGCGGCAAAAGACGUCACCGGCCUACUUCCGCUCGUCAAGGAUCCCAAGGCCCAGUUUGAAUGGCGCAAUGGUCAAGUCCGCAGCAUCGCGGACCUUAGAGGGUGGGGUCUCGCGGCGUGCUUGUGUGAAUUGCUAGGAACCGUGCAGAACAAGUGCUGCGACACAUGCUUUGGCAAAGAUGGACGUGUUCCAACUUGGGAAGACUCUAAGUCCGCCGUCGGCUGGUUCGGAAAGUGCAAGCGUCUACCAGGAAGAUUCUACAAUCGCUGCAACAACUGCCUGACGACACAUAGAGACGAAGUUUGCGAUUUCAACACAAAGGUCUUCGUAAAGAUCAACAAGCCCCGCGCAGCAGACCAGGCCACGGCUGCCAAGCAGCGCAAGGGAGCCGACACUGUGAGACAUGCCGAAAUGAACAGAAUGCCGGGUAACGAGGAUUCAGCCUCUUCGCUUGACCGAGGCCAACAAGUCGACAUUAGCAACGCUGGACGGCUGCUCGAGCACAUUGCGAACAUCGAGAGGCAUACAGAAGCGAUUGAUGAGCUUCUCACGAUGGAGGACAUGGACAAGAAGAAGGCUAAGGUAGUCAUGGCCUUGUCACGCUUACAGGGUGUUGGUAGGGUGCUCGAGGCCAUGGGGACGAACUGA